UACGAUUUCGGUAAUACGUCAUCAAGUCCUUCAAGUUAACAAAAAUUCUUCUCGAAUUUUCAGAACGAUUUGAAAACUCUACCGAUUUUUCGGAGUGAAUUGUACACCUCUCGAAAUUCCACCUCCACCUCGUCAGCAUCUGUCCUGCUCUCGGUGAGAGGUGGGAUUGGAAACCAACUUUUCCAAUUUGCUUGUGCUUACGCGUUGGCGAGAAAGUUUGGAUGGCCACUUUACAUCCAUGUCCCAUCGAGAACGACGCCGGCGGAAGUGGUGGAGAGAUCAUUUUCACUGGACCACUUUCAUGUUCCGAUCCACUCCUGGAAUCGGGUGGACGAUAAGUGGAUAUCAGAACGACAAGAGGACAUUGUCCAGCUCGAAGAUAGAGAGUUGCUAGGAAUGACUGAACGCCACCCAUCAAUCUCCGCCCACAAAAUCGUCCAACUCUCUCCCAAAGAUUACUGUCAAUCUGAAACCUUCUUCGAACCUUAUCGUUCCGAAAUUGUCACCCUUUUCCAACUAAAACCCACCCCUCUUCAUUCCAAUAAUAAUACGGCCCUCUUCCACCACUACCACACCCUCAUCACCUCCACCUCUUCCACCUCUUCCAUCGCGGUCCACAUUCGUCGCGGAGAUUUCGUCUCGACCGGAAACGCCGUCCCUCUUUCCUAUUAUGUCGACGGGAUCACAUAUUUCAACUCGGUUUUCAAAAACCCCACAUUUUUCAUUUUUUCGGAUGAAAUUUUGACCCCCAAAGAUAAAGAAAAGUUAGGACUGGAGAAAAAUUUCUGUUACGUUGAGGGACUAAACUCUGCCAUUAUGGAUUUCGAACUUAUGACUAUAUGUUCUCAUGGAUUGAUAGGAAACAGUACGUUUGCCUGGUGGGCGGUAUAUUUGAUGAAAAAUAGGGACAAAAUUGUACUAGCGGCAAGCCCGAAUUUGCAAAAUAUUUGGUCACCUUAUUUUCGAUGGCAGUAUAAAUAUCUGUAUUAUCCGGUUAGUUGGAGAAAGAUUGAGGUAAAGUAUGAAUGACGGCACACUCUUAGAAAACUGGUAUUAAAUCAUUACCGACCAGAGUACAAAUAUAUGUAAUGACUCGACCGUCCCUGGUAAUAACGGGCAUUACCGUUUAGUAAUGUUGUGACAAUAAGAAAUUUACCAAAAAGAAAGAAACUAUUACCAAUCCGGUAGAAACUUAUUACCAAAGCAAUGCCAGGGCAAAGUACAUAUCUGACUCUACCAGAUUUUUAACAGUGUAUAAUAAAUUUGCGAUUUAUGUACAUAAAUUUGCGUUUUUUUUUACCCGGCGUGUAAGCAAAUUUGGUAUUUAAUGGUACGAAUUCAACCAAACUUUGAGAAAUCAUCCGUACAUCUGUCAUUAAGUAUUUAAUCGUUUUAAAACAAUAAAUGGACAUUGGCGCUGGACUUGUACAGCACAAAAAAAAAAUACAAAAUUUAUUUAACAUAAAAAAAAUUAAAAUUUUAUUUUUGAAUUGCAAAAUUUAUUCUUAAGAAUUUAUUAACUUAUCAAAACCGGUUUUUUAAGAGUAGAUAAUUUACCAAGUUGAAUUUCUUUUACCGAUUAUCCUAAGGCAUCUGUUAGAAAAUGAUCUUAUUUUUUAGGCUGAAUAAAUAGAUAUUGACGUUGGCGUUUUACAUUGCAAAAAAAAAUAUUUUACUUUGAAUUUUUUAUGCUUUCCAUUCAA